AUGUGGGAUGAGAUGCUCGAGCUCACGCGGGUCGAGGAUUCCGAGGAAUUCAAGUUAUUCGAAGCCCUUGUCAAUGGAGAGGUUGCGAUUGAUGAUGCAGUACAAUGGGUCAUAAACAGGACAAUGGACAGACUGGAGGGCUAUGGCCCAGGAGGAACCAUCGAUAAGGCCGACGAAAUAACAUUCAUAGCUAUCCUUGAGCUGGCUAUGCAAAUCGAUACAACUCAGUAUGGUCCAUUGGUUGAGUUCCUGGGAGAAUUAAAGCUAUACAACGCCAUCGAUUCGUCGACUGGGUUGAUCCUAAAAACACAAGAUGGAAGCAGAGUAUGGUCGCAUCUACCAUCCCUGACUAUCUGGGCCCGCGAAAUAUGGAAUGAUCGGAUGACACAAAUCUGUGAACCGAAUAUGGAGCCUGAUCAGCAAAUCAGAUGGGCGAAACUCAAUAUCUUUCUCGCGCAAUCGACACAAGCUGCGGAUGUGAAUUACAAUUCCUCGUUGCAAGCCUGGAUCAGUGAUGCUAUGGAUGUAUCUUACAUGGGGCUGUGUGGACUCCGCCAUGUGUUCGAAGAGGGCAUUCCCUCCGAACAAGUUGUCUCUACAGCUGGUCUGCUCAGCGUGUGCUACUGGCUAAUUUGUGCCGGUGAUAGACUGUGGGAAAAUGUACUCAACGGCCGCAAAUACAACAAAUAUGAUGGUCGACCGGGCGAACUGUAUUACAAUUGUGGUUGGAGGGGCUUUGAACUGGAAAGAUGGGAUAUAUGGGUGCAAGGCCUUCGUGACGCGAAAGCUGCCUGCACCCCUAGCCAGGGACUCGUGGAAGAUUUGGUAGACCGUGCUCUGUCCAAAAUAGACGGUGUAAUGAGCAACGAAAUAUUAUCCAGCUAA